AUGUCGAAGAAUCAGGGGCCUAGCGCGUGCGCCAUCUGGUACGCACAACGUGAACCACAGCUCGCAGCAGAACUGUUCGCACGGGAUCGAUUUCCACCGACAUCUCAGGAGCUGGCUGUCGAGCUCUUGAGGGAGUGGACCGCCAUGACCGACGCACAAAAAGGACAGUAUAGGACCGAGUUGGACGCGCAGCUCGCUGAAAGAUCCACAGAGAGAGCUGCGUUCCACUAUUUCAGGAAGGCAAGGCUGGGCGGAUACCAGUCUAUACGCGACGAUUUGAUAAGACGGCACGGUUUGGAUGAUGAUUCUGUCGACAAGUCGAUUGCUCUGGAGUGGCGGAACUUGACCGGUCCAGCGGAGCAGCGAUCUUGGGUACAGCAUGGCGUCGGAAAGACGAGGCGGGACGAAUACCGGUCUAUGCGGGACGAGAUGGUAAGACGGGCGGGUUUGAGAGAAGAUUUCGUCGAGAGUUCGAUCGCUAUAGAGUGGGGCAAGAUGGGACCAGCGGAGAAACGACCUUGGAUGCAGGGGCCUGUUGGACGUUUGGAACGGGGAGGUAACAUUCUGCAAACCCAGUCGAACGGAUCUCAAGAGCACAUGGUACCGCGUCUAAACAGGAAUUCUGUUCCUUUCAGGUUCUCGUCAGCGACAACAAGGCCCCCGUAUGUCCACUCGGGACUCGAGGGUUCCUCUCGUAUUCCUCAGACCGACCUGAACAAUUCGCCUCCCAUCAACUACGGAAAUAGUAGCCUGGAUUCUUCGUCGACAUACUAUUCCGAAUACAUAACCAGCCCCUCAGCUACCGUGGACGUCUCUCCCUCCUUCACUUCGCAGAAUCACAACCAGAUGGCUGGUCCUGGGGCUCACUAUCAAGAUCCUAAUCCUCAAAUUCAUCGCAGUACCGACUUUUCGCUUGCGAACUGGGACGGAAACCGAUCGCGAAGAUGA